AUGCUUCCACCCAACCCCCAUUCCCAGCCGCGAUUUACACCCGUACAACAAACUGAUUUUGAUGCCUUGGGUUGUAAACUAGCAUCUAUUUCUCAUGGCUACUUGCCCCCACAAAUAAAAGACUUUAAUGACACAAAUAUAACUAGCUUAUAUGAAAAUUAUAACCAACUGUAUCAAGAAUUCCAUGCUCAUCUCAAACCAUGUUUGUCUAGGCGGUUAGCAUCUAAAUUGAAUACCACUAUAGCGCAUUCAUUACCAGUUAUGAAUAUAGGAACUUACUUACGCACAGUAUCCAUCGAUUUUACAAUCAUUCAAUACAUUCAUCAAUUAAAUAACUCACCAUUCCAGAUUGUUAAUUUAGGUUCAGGUACAGAUCUACGUGCCUUCCAUUAUUUACCUCAAUAUGCUAAUCUAACUAAAUUUAUUGAUGUAGAUUACCCAAUUUCGUUAGAUUUUAAAUCAAGAGCAAUUGAUGGCUCCAGUUAUUUAACAUCAUUCUCUACAUCACGGUAUUCAAUGGUUCCCUGGGAUUUAUCUAAGGGGUCUCUCAUAGACAUUUUGAUUGCAAAUGGGAUUGAUGUUGCUAUCCCUACGAUUUUCAUCACUGAGUGUGUAAUGUGCUAUCUUGAAGACUCAGUAGCAAAUCAAUUGAUUCAAACAAUUAAAGCAAAUUUCUUACAUGGGCUGUGGAUUUCAUAUGAUCCAAUUGCAUAUUCUGAAAAUGACCGUUUCAUUGCAAUGAUGAAUUCUAACCUAAUAGAAUUAAGAAAUUUAUCAAUGCCCACACUAUUGAAAUAUAAUUCUAUAGACAAAUAUUCAAAUAGAUGGGUAUCUGUGUUCGAUAAUCUAAUUGCUUAUAAAAUUCUUUCUUUAUGGGAUUUUUAUAUGGAAAAAUUAUCUAAUGUUGGAAAAUUAAGAUUAAAGAAUUUACAAUUCUUGGAUGAAAUUGAAGAAUUAAAAUUAAUGCAAUCUCAUUAUAUUUUACUAUCUAUUCGUUGGUGA